GAAGCCAGCAGAGGUCUGGUGGGUCAACAGAAUGGGCGUGGGUUAGGAGACAGGCAGCAGUUUGGUGAGGGGUUUGGAUGGCACUAGUUGAUUUGUGAUGUGACAAACACACGAAUAAGGGUUUAAGGGAGAGAGAAGGUAGGAAGGUCGAAGUCUAACAAAAUCCAAUCCACUCACGUGACAAAAACAUCCAGAGCACCUCCGCCACCAACCCACACCUUUCCCCUUUCCAUCACAAUGUGCCCCCUUCACAAUUCUGUCUGCCAGUCUAGAUCCGGCCCUGACAAUAAAACAUGUAAGGUCAUCAUGAAGUAACAUAAAACAUAUAUGAAAAAUGAGAUUAAUUGUAAGAUAAUGUGCAUAUUUAUCUUUUUUUUUUGUUUGUUUUUCCUUUCACUGAGGGUGCAGUUCCUCUCCGAACCACCACGCGACGCUGUCUAUCGGUGCGAAACAAACCGGAUACCGCCGCCGUAGCGGAGACAGCUGUCACCGAGAAACUAAACUAAAUAAACAAACACGGUUUCUCUCCACGUCUACCCUAACCGAGUCUGCAGCGUAGAGAGUUGCAUGUUGAAGGUUUCCGGUUAUGAGCAGGUAACGUUUGGUUCAAGGAAUGAUCAGCGAAGCCGAGCUAACGGGCUAACAGGCUAAGUAACGGUCAGCUCCGCUCAGGAUGGCGAAUAAACUUUAUUAAGUCAUUUUAUUGACAGUGGGGCAGCUGUGUGACGUCAUGGAUUCCUUGUUGGACUUCGAAGAAUGUAUUAAAGACUCACCUGAGUUCAGACUGACUCUGGAUCAGUUUGAGGCUGACGUCUCUGAAGUGGAAACGCGACUGGACAAGGUGAUGAAGCUGUGUGGGAAGAUGGUGGAGGCGGGGCAAGUGUACAACACAGCCAAUCACCUGUUUGUGAGCGGUCUGGCUGAGCUCUUCACCACCAACCACAGGAAGGACUCGGUUCUCAUGAGUUGCCUGAACCAGUUUAGUCAGGGCCUGCAGGAGAUGGUCAGCUUCCACAAUAUGUUGUUGGAUCAGACGCAGAGAGCCAUCACCCAGCAGCUGACCAACCUCUGCUCACAGUUCCUCCCUCAGCUGUCCGAGACCAGGAAGGAGUUCGUUCGGAUCGGGGAGGAUCUGGAAGCGGCAGCGGCAAAGAGCGCUCAGGUGUCACGUCACAAAGCGUCUGACGCUGAGCGGGCGAGCCACCUGCUGCUCGCCACUCGUAAAUGCUACCAGCACUUUGCCCUGGAUUAUUGUCUGCAGCUCAACACUUUCAAGACUCAGCAGAAGAUCGACAUCUUGAACUCUGUGUUCUCCUACGUGCACGCUCAGCUCACCUUCUUCCACCAGGGCUUUGACCUGCUAAGAGACCUCGAGCCCACCAUGAAGACGAUGGCAGCUCAGCUGUCGCUGCUGUCGGCGGAUUGUGCUGCCAAACGAAAAGAGCUGGAAAACAAACACCUGCUGGUGCAGCAGAGGGAUGCUUCAGGCGAGUCGAUGACCAGUCUGUGUCCUGACAGCAGUGACAUCAUCCAGGGUCACCUGUUCAAACGCUCCAGGAGGAAACCUAAAACCUGGAAGAGAUGCUGGUUCUUCCUCAGGGACAAUCAGCUCAUCUACAGGAAGUCACACAAGGACCACGCCGCCGUUCUGUUUGAGGAUCUGCGACUUUGUGCCGUUAAAACUCUGGAGCACAUCGAUCGCCGGUUCUGCUUUGAGCUGCUCUCCGUCCAGAAGUGCUGUGUGCUGCAGGCGGAUUCGGAGCAGCUGAAGCAGGCCUGGCUCAGCGCUCUGCAGGGCAGCAUCUACCUCGCCUACAGGGAGACGACAGACACGCCCCUCACACAGUCUAAAGAGCCCCCCCAACUGUGUGGUGGGGAAGCUUCUGUGGACCCCCCUCCCCAGAGGCCGGCGGCGCUGGACGUGGCCCUCAGACUCCCCGGGAACCAACGCUGCUGCGACUGUGGAGAGGAGGAGCCACGCUGGGCCUCCAUCAACCUGGGAGUCACGGUGUGCAUCGAGUGCUCAGGUAUCCACAGGAGUCUGGGUGUUCACCUGUCGAAGGUGAGGUCUCUCACUCUGGACUCUUGGGAAUCUGAACAGCUGAAGCUGCUGUGUGUUUUGGGAAAUGACGCCGUGAACCGGAUCUACGAGGCCCGGUGUUCACAGGAGGGACGAGUGAAGCCUCAAGCUGACAGCCCGAGAGCCGAGAAGGAGGCGUGGAUCAGAGACAAAUACGUGGAGAGGAGAUUUCUCCAGCGCAGCAGCUCAGACGGAGAGAAGCAUCAGGAAGACGAGGCGGGCCUACGCCUUUAUCAGGCUGCUGUGGCGGGAGACCUUGUUGCCAUGGCAACCGCUUUGGCUGAAGGGGCGGGGGUCAACAGCAGCAUCGCGAAAGAGGAGGGCCGAACAGCGCUGAGUGGAGCGGCAGUCGGGGGGUCGCUGUCGGCCUGUGAGUUCCUGCUGCAGAACGGCGCGAACGUCAACCACAGGGACCGGAGAGGACGGGGGGCGCUGCACGCUGCUGCCACCGCUGGACACACCGGACAGGUGUGUCUGCUGCUGAAGAGAGGGGCCAAUCAGUAUGCUGUAGACGAGAGGGGACAGGACCCACUGGCGAUCGCCAUGGAAACGGCUAACGCUGACAUCGUCACGCUUCUGCGGAUGGCCCGGAUGAACGAGGAAAUGAGAGAUUCAGAGGGAGUGUUCGGGAUUGCAGGAGAUGAUGAGACAUUUCAGGACAUCAUCAGAGACUUCAGCAACAUGGCAUCACAUGACCCUGAGAGGCUCAGCAGGCGUCGGUUCAGCCGGGGGGGCGAGGAGGUGGAGGAAGAGAAGUGAAAGGAACGACCAGUGUUAAAGACUUGUGACUGACAGAAAGGGGCUCCUGUUACCAUGGUAACAGCGGUGAUGGAUGUCUUUAAAUGGUGAAGACCACGGUUGUGUCUCAAUUCAGGGUCUGCGUCCUUCGUCGGCCGGUUACGUCACAGCGCAGCGACUAGGCCUGUCCCAAUUCGACGACUUCUUCAAAUGCGGCCGACGAAUCCGGCCUUCUUUUCGCCCGCGAGCAGGAUGGGUCCGGUGUAUCCUUCAGUGGUUUACAUUUCCCAAGGUGCCUUGCGGGCCGGACGGGAGACUUUUUGAAAACAAUGGCGGACAGUGAAGCGGGAGCUGUCGGAGAGGUUUGUGCAUAUAAAUAUCCGCAUAAACUUGAAAACAGCUUAAGGACUUUUUGUGAUACAUGAACGUUAUUUUAGUUUAAAAUGUUACAGUAAAAAUGCUCUCAGCUCGUAUGUUCGGCCGCUCGGCCACGGCACGGUUGCUAGGCGACGGAACGUUCGCCGAGGGAGUGGCGGGAAUUCCACGAAGGCUAGGCCUGUCCAAAUUCACAGCCGUUAACAUCCGGUCUACUCGGCCGACGGAGGACCCAGCCCACGUCGGCCGAAUGGGCUGGGUCCUCCGAAGGAUGCAGACCCUGAAUCGAGACACAGCCAAAGUAGUACUGGACCAGUCCUGAUGACCCAGGUCAAAGGUCACCAUGGAUGGAAAACUGUUACGGCUCUCAGAUUUCUCUGAUCCUCUUUAGCCAGACCCCAGGAUCGGCCUGAGGAGCACCGUGAUAUUGAAGGCUUUCAUGAAGAUCUUUUCUCCAUGGUCCAGAUCAUUUCAGUCAACAGAAAAUCUGUUCAGAACCAAGCUGAGAAUUAAUUUUACUGUCAUUUUAAUCCCGGCGUAAAAUCAACCGCUGUAAUAAACUGGAUCAGGCUUUAUAUGAUUUUAACUAGAAUCCAGUUUAACGAGAUAAUCUUUGUGACUGGAUUAGCCUCUGUGCUCUAAUCCAGAUUAGUGUUUAAACUAAUCUAAACAGGAAAUGCUGUAAAACGAUGAAGAGAGAAACUUCCUCCCACUGACUGAAGGAUUCUGCUGCUAAAACCCGUUUGUGUUUGUUUUAAUGAAUCAGCCGUUACAUCACUUCCUGUUUCCUCUGACGGAUUCCUGACUGCUUGCUGGUUUCAGACCAGCUGGAAGCUUCAGAUGAACCUAGUUUUUGUUUCAGUCUGAUCUUAUUGCUGCUGAAUAAAACCACUCAACCAGUAAA